AUGUCGAGUCUCCGGGCAUGGAUGCGUCUGGCAAGGAGUCUUCCUCUUCCGCGAACGAUGGCAGCAAUGCCAUGCCGCUUUAAGUACACGCAACACCAAGGGGUUAAGGGUAUUCGUAACCGGAAGAGCUUCUAUGAGGCACAGAUGCAGGCGGGACAGGGAGACGAGGAGGAAGGUGACAUGGAGCAGAAGGAACAGGGCUCGCCGGAGCUGACAGACAUGCGAUUUUUAGAUGAUCGCGCCUACGACGAAGUGGCUGGUGGAGCUAUGAGAAUCACGCGAGACACAGCCAGCUCCCAGCAAGUGCUCAUCCUGCAGCCCUACGUGAAAUGGGCAGCCAAACGGCAAAAUAGCCCCAACAGCGAUGUCCGACCAGAGGAUCAGCUGGCCGAAGCCUCCGCCUUGGUUCAUUCCCUACCCAAUUGGCAGGUGGCCAAGGCUCUCAAGGUACCCCUAGAGAGUCUCGAGAAAAAGACCCUAUUCGGCAGCGGAAAGCUGAUGGAACUAAAGGCUCUUGUGGCCGAUUUGCGACAGGAGCGACAUCUAACCUGCCUGUUUGUUAGCAAGGGAACGUUGUCCUUUGCCCAGAAGCGCUUUCUCGAGGCGGAGUUCCGGUUGCCAGUUAUGGAUCGGUAUUCGGUGGUCAUUCAAAUCCUUAGGUUGCAUGCCACCAGUGCAGAGGCAAGGCUUCAGGUAGCAAUGGCCGAACUUCCCUAUAUCUGGGCCCAGGCCAAGGAUGCCAGUGUUACCCAGACGCGACGGCAGGGAUAUGCCUUAACCGAUUUGCAAAAGGAAAUUCUGCGGACCCGUGAGCGAAAGCUGCGCGCCGAACUGGAUCGUGUGCGCCGCCAAAGACAAUUGCUACGCCAGAAACGCAAGCAGCAGAAUUAUCCCAUUGUGGCGGUGGUGGGAUACACCAAUGCCGGGAAGACUUCGCUGAUAAAGGCUCUAACAGUGGAGGAUGCACUGCAGCCCAGAAAUCAACUUUUCGCCACUCUAGAUGUUACAGCCCAUGCGGGCUGUUUGCCCUGCAACCUGGAGGUCAUCUACAUGGACACCGUAGGCUUUAUGUCUGACCUGCCCACUGGAUUGUUCGAGUGCUUUGUGGCCACCCUGGAGGAUGCUAUGCUGGCGGACGUAAUUGUCCACGUUCAGGACUUGUCGCAUCCGUGCCACGCCGCCCAGCGAAGUCAUGUGGAAGCCACACUGCGUUCCCUGGCUUUCAAUGUGGCUGGCGGAGACUCUACGGCCAGCCAAUUGCCUCCGAUUAUCGAUGUGUACAACAAAUGUGAUUUGGUAUCCUCCAUACCCGAAGCUGCUUCAGAUGCAGCUGCUGUCCACCGUAUAUCAGCCCGAUCUCAGACGGGACUUGAACACCUGCUGGAGGACAUUGAACAGCAGAUAUUGACAUCCACCGGGCGAAGAAAGCUGCAGAUGCGAGUGCCCAACGGUGGGCCUGAAAUGGCCUGGCUUUAUAAGAACGCCGCCGUGGUGGAGACCAUAGCUGAUGAGGAGAAUCCAGAGCGUCUGAUGAUGCACGUGGUGAUAAGCCAACGCACCCUGGACCAGUUCAAGCGAGAGUUCCUUCGGUGAUCUAAUUAGUUUGUUAAUGCUUAGGUUUCUGACUAAUUUCUUUAUUAUUGCUCUUGUUCUUUUUCUGGUUUAGUUACUAGCGAGUGUAGUUAGGAAUGGUUGUUAUUGUUUUCUCUCUUUGAUUCUUAUAUAAAUAUAAAAUUUGCUACCACAAAAAUAAAAACGAAAAAGUUGUCUAAAAAUA